AUCAAACAUAACGUACACCGAAAACACAUAUACUACUCUCUUAUAAUUUGAGCUAAUUUCCCGCCGCUCACUCAACCUUUUAAACAUCCAUUUGGUAGAAAUAAAACAACAGAUAUCAUUGUGUCUCUUUUGAUUAUCACCGCUAGGGUUUUCAAUUUUUCCAAAUUCGGAGAAGAUGAAACGGAGUCGCAAGCAGAAGAAACCUGAAAUUCCAAAGUUGAUGUUAGAGGAAAUUGUUGGUUUUACAACUGCGAAUGCAAAUGGACUGGCUUCUGGAGUUUCUAAUUCGAAAUGUGUGUAUAUUGCGGGAUGUGUUGCGGUGGUUUAUGACAUCGAUUCAUCCACGCAGUCACAUUUAGUUGUGUCCAAUCGAUUGCCGAAGCCAUUGAGCUGUGUUGCGAUAUCGCGUGAUGGACGUUUUGUUGCUGCUGGAGAGGGUGUUCAUGACGGCGAAAUUCUAUCACUAAGUUUCAGUUUGCCAAGCAUUGACGCUCCUGCUAAGUUUCCCCACAGCCAUUAUUUUCUUGCCUCUGGGGGAAAGGAUGGCAUGAUUCAUGUUUAUGAUGUUCAAAGGAACUUUGACAUCAUUGGGAGUUUUCGCGAUCAUUCUGCUCCUGUGACCUGCGUGAAAUGCACUUGCAGUGGCACUAAGAUUCUCAGUUGCAACGCUGAUAGGUCUCUGAUUUUCUGUGAUGUUUCUAUGAUCGAUUCAGCAUACAAGAUAUCUUGCUAUCAUCGAGUCUUACCGGGAGUUGUAUAUGACAUGGCAGUUGAUGCUUCCGCUGAGAUUGCUGUCACUGUAGGGCAGGAUAAAAAGAUUAACACAUUCAGUAUUCCUUCUGGGAAGUUAAUCAGGUCAUUUAAGCAUAUUGGAAGGGAUCCUAUCAAGGUAUCUGUGGAUCCCAGCUCCAGUUAUCUGGUUUGCUCUGACUCUUUUAAGAUUCUCUGCUUAUAUGACAUUAUGUCCGGGGAUAUGGUCGCACAAGCAGUCGGGCAUGGUGAUGUUAUAACUGGUGUCAUCUUUUUACCAGACUGUGAGCAUCUCGUUUCUGUAUGUAGUAAUGGUUGUAUCUUUGUUUGGAAAGUCCCUGGCUCUUUAUCUGCAAGGAUGCUGAGGAAAAUUAAGGAAAAUGCUUGUCCGCUAUCCCCAGCAAAAUUUCCUGCUCCAGUAACUUCAGGUCAAAUCAAACUUCAUGAGAUUAAUUACCACCAACCGGAAGGCAUAUCAAUGACUCCAAACCUCUUCCAAGUAAAACAGAGAGUACUCUGUCGAGAAGGGAGUACACCAGCGACAUCAUUUAAAUUUAGUAUUUCAAGACUCCCAAAAUGGGCACAAGCUAAAGUUACAAACCUUCCUUCCUUGAUGACUGACCCUAAUUCUUCAUUCUCCGAGACUGGAAAAUUUGGAUCAGCCGAUAAGCAGCGACCAACCUGUGAAACUGUCCUUGUGUAUGAAGAGGCACUACAUAAUCUGGAUGCUGCAGCUGAGAGAGCAGUGCAGUUGUUUUCUAGAUUAGCAAAUCAGCAUGCAAGAACAGAGAGUUCAAGGGAGCAUGAAAAUCAGUUAUUGGCCAAGGCAGCAGAAAUGCUUGUGUCAAUAGCAAGUAAAAUCAAUGCUACUGCCAAAUUGGUACAAUCUGCCAAAACUGGUUCCAAUGGGAGUGCCAAAAUGGAUAUUUCAACCAAUGAAAGUUGAGUUAUUAGAAAAAGUAAUCCACAUCAACUAGUCAAGUUGAAGGGUUGCCUCUAGUUUGUUAUCUCAGGAUCUACAACACACUUGGCUUUGCUUUAAACAUGUGGAGAACAUAAACCUCUUUCAAAGUGGCGUUGCUUCUCAUGGCUUGUUGCCAAGGAAGCAUGUCUAACACAGGACAAUCUUCAACGAAGAAGCUUUAAUUUGUGCAAUAGAUGGCAUUUAGAAGGAAACUGUCAGCCACCUCUUUAUAUAUUGCAAUGUGACUGCUCGACUUAGCAAAUAUUCUGAAAUUGCUGGGUUGAAGUGGGCAAUGCCUAAGACUACAACCAAAUUACUUCACUGCUGGAACAAAAACAAAGAGGAAGAGACAAUGUGGAAAGAUAGGAACCUCAGAUGUUUUCAAGACAGCAGUUCCACUCAACAGAUCAAAUCUAAUUGUACAUUCACCUUUUCUUUUUGGUGUAUAGAGAAGCUAGUUAAUGAAGCAUAAUCAAUACUUAAGCCACUUACCACCCCUACAAGAUCACAAAGGUAUUUUUUUUUCGGUUCUCACAUAGGAUGGGUGAGGUCUCAUAGAUCCUACACUCAGCUCCUAUUUGUGGGAUUAACGAUAUUGGAAUUACGCUGGAUAUAUUAUUAUUGUUGUGCUUGUA